UGGAAGAGGAGCGGGAUGGCAGGGCCUCUGUCACGAAAACGUUAUUGAGCGCCUACUACGCACCAAGCUAAAGCUGAGCGUCCGGCUCGCUACCGGCCACGACCUUUCACCUUGGCCCAGCCAGGCUCCAGGAUCCCACUGUGGGGGAUUGGAGGGCAGAGUAGGUGGGGACGCGGGGUACCGGGAACACGCCUUCCAGGCACUGACACGUCGUUCCGACGCGGCGGCCGUGCAGCGGUCCCCGCCCCUUUCCUUUAUCCUUUCCCGGGCUGCCGGGCCAGCAGCAGCUGCAGUCCAGCCUCAGAGCUCCCAGCGGGAGACUCCCGCGCUCACUGCCGGCCGAGCGCCCUCCGUGAGGGACCGCCCGAUUGCGCGCGCACCUUGAGAGCAGCGGACUGAAGUGCAGAGCUGCAACCCCGUGUGGCCAUGGAGGUCGUGGGCCAGCCCCAUGGUCAGCGCGGCCGAGGCGUGGGGAAAGUCUCGGGGACUGUCGCGCAGCUGCUGCUGGGCCUGCUGCUGCUGCUGCAGGCCGCGGCCGUGCUGGGUAAGGCAGCCGAGGAACCGGCGGAGCAUCAGCGGCCCCGGGCCCCCGACGGCGAGUGCCACUUCUACGCUGGGGGCCAAGUGUACCCCGGGGAGGCGUCCCGCGUACCGGUCACGGAUCACUCUCUGCACCUCAGCAAGGCCAAGAUUUCUAAGUCAGCUCCUUAUUGGGAAGGAACAGCUGUGAUAAAUGGAGAAUUUAAAGAGCUCAAAUUAACUGAUUAUAGAGGAAAAUAUUUGGUUUUCUUCUUCUAUCCUCUUGACUUCACUUUUGUGUGUCCAACUGAAAUUAUCGCUUUUGGUGACCGAAUUGAAGAAUUCAGAGCUAUAAAUACUGAAGUGGUUGCAUGCUCAGUCGAUUCACAGUUUACUCAUUUAGCAUGGAUAAAUACCCCUCGGAAACAAGGAGGCCUUGGGCCAAUGAAAAUUCCACUUCUUUCAGAUUUAACACACCAAAUUUCAAAGGAUUAUGGAGUUUAUCUGGAGGACUCGGGUCAUACUCUUAGGGGUCUUUUCAUUAUUGAUGAUAAAGGAAUCCUCCGACAGAUUACAAUGAAUGACCUUCCUGUUGGCCGAUCAGUUGAUGAAACUCUGCGUUUAGUCCAAGCAUUCCAGUACACUGACAAACAUGGAGAAGUCUGCCCUGCUGGUUGGAAACCUGGUAGUGAAACGAUAAUCCCAGAUCCAGCUGGAAAACUGAAGUAUUUUGAUAAACAAAAUUGAAAUGUUUGCUCAGGUCAUGUCUAGUUCAAAGGAUACAAAUAAAAUUUUAGUGGUUUUGAUACAA